AUGGCGGCUGCUGGAGAUGAUGUUGUCGGUGUUGCACCCCAGUCAGCAGAGAAGAAGAACAGAGGGAUAUCGAUUGUACAAAACCCAUCUGUUCGGUUCACCUCUAUAAUUGCAUGCUCUCCAUCAGCUAACAAAUCUAUCCUUCAGUCGGAUCAAGUCUUUGCAAUGGGUUGGCCUGGCACUAAAAUUACAGGCAACAAAUUCCUCAUCGCCAUUGAAGGAUCAUCACAUACAAGCAUUAGAGGCUUGGUUGUAAAGGCCCUCAAUCAACCUGAUGCCCUCCAUGUAAUAAACAAGAGAAAGUGUGAAGGGGAUGCUGCAAGAGCUGAGUAUGAUUUGUUGGAUCAACUCUUGCAUCUAAAAGAUGACGAUGGUAAGCAACUUCAAGAUACAGAGGUGCUCGACAACAUCGUAGGCCUCAUAAUUGCUGGCUAUGAAUCUACUUCCCUUUCAAUUAUGUGGGCUGUGUAUUAUCUCGCAAAGUACCCAAAUGUACUUAAAAGACUACAGGAGGAGCACAAGAAUCUUGGUAGGAAUGGUGAUUUCAUCUCUCGCGAUGACAUUGUAAACUUGCAGUACACAAAUAAGCAUCUUGCCAUAUCGGAAAAAUUUUAG